AGUUCCAAUAUAGGAUUUGUAUUCUAACAGUCUGAUAAGCCGACUAUACAUUCGAAGACCUUAUUCUUUCUUUGACCUUUAAAAAUGAACCUGUACCUGGUGUUUUGCCUGUGUUUUAUAGGGCCAAGUGUGUCGUUUCCUGAUACAGAGUUUUUGAAACUCCAGCGGGAGCUUAACAAACAGAAGCAAAGGCUUGACGUUUUUGAGAAGGAAUUGCGCCGCAAUGAUAACACAGCUAUCAAUUCGGUCCUGCCAGCUUUACUCGCAAAACGCGACUAUGAAGGUGUAGCAUUCAGUGCAACUCUCAGCGUGGCUUUUGACAGCAGCGGUCAUAACAAACCAAUCCCAUUCGACUCGGUGAAUGCAAACUCUGGUAAUGGUUAUUCGCCAUCAACGGGUGUGUUCACAGCCCCACAAGCCGGUAUGUACAUGUUGUACACAUCUCUGUCGGUUGAUGGAGACGAUGCCUUGCACGCUGAGUUACAGAAGAAUGGAGUGCCCCAGUGUGCCUGUACUUCCACACACUACGGAUCAGGCUCCUGUAUGGUAAUAAUCCCGCUUUCUGUCGGCGACAGAGUCUUAGUUAAAGAAAUAUACGGUCGUCACGUCAGAGGAGAUCAUUUAGCUACCUUCAAUGGAUGGUUAGUUUUAUAAACAAAUGGUUGUUUCCUGUCUGCCAAUGGCUUCUGCUAGUAAAGUGUAAGAUGAAUA